AUGAAGUUCCUCGAGAAUGAAUCGGACAAGAUUGAGAUCGUGGACGGUACGGUGGAUGUACCGGCGAUCAUCAACUCGAUGGUCGAACAGUUGCCCACCGACAAUCCGUUCUACGUGAUGGACAUUGGCGAUAUCGUGCGCAAGCACCAGCAAUGGAUCGAAAAGAUGCCACGCGUGGUGCCGCACUACGCGGUCAAGUGUAACGAUACGGACAUCGUGUGCGCGACGCUGGCCGCACUCGGUGCAUCGUUCGACUGUGCGUCGAAGGGUGAGAUAGCGAAGGUGCUUUCGCUUGGCGUCGCCCCGGAACGUAUCAUCUUUGCGAACCCGAUGAAACCGGCGUCACAUCUGCGCUACGCCAACAGCAACGCGGUCAAAACGAUGACCUACGAUAGCGAUACCGAGCUGCACAAGAUCAAGCAGUACUGUCCGGAUGCCAAGCUUGUUAUUCGCAUCCGGUGCGAAGCGGAAAAAGCUCAAUGUCCGCUGGGGAAGAAGUUCGGUUGCGAUCCGGUAGAGGAAGCACCGCGUUUGAUCAAGAUCGCCCGCAGUCUUGGGCUGGAAGUGGUCGGUGUUAGCUUCCACGUUGGUUCCGGGUGUGCAGAUUUCCCGAUCUACUAUAAGGCCAUUUCGUAUGCUCGCGAUCUGUUUGACUAUGCUGCCCAGCUCGGGUAUACGUUCAAUCUGCUGGACAUUGGCGGUGGUUUCCCGGGCGAUAUCGGUACCUCCAUCGAUGAGGUGGCGAUGAUCGUUAAUACCGCGCUCGAUACGUUCUUCCCGGAUAAGGCGGUGCGUGUCAUUUCCGAACCGGGCCGGUACUACGUAUCGUCGGCAUUCACACUAGUCACCAACGUGCAGUCAAAGCGUAUUUGUCUCAACGCCAAAACCGGUAGCAUCGAUCGGAUGAUGUACUAUCUGAACGAUGGUGUGUACGCUUCGUUCAACUGCGUGCUGUACGAUCAUCAGGUACCACGGCCGAAGCUUAUCGGGGGCCAAACCGGCAAGCAGUACAAAAGCACGAUCUGGGGCCCGACGUGCGAUGCGCUCGAUCAGCUGAUCGAAACAAUCGCACUGCCCGAGCUACAGAUCGAUGAUUGGGUCGUGUUUGAGAACAUGGGCGCUUACACCAUUCCCGUCGCCAGUCCGUUCAAUGGCUUCGAACUACCCAAAAUCUACUGUUACAUCAGCAAAAGUCAUUGGGAAAUGCUGGAAACACUGUUCCCGCUGCAGAACGAAUGUUCCAGCUGCACCGAACGCUUGCCGAACAGCUACGAAACUGUUGCCUGCGCUUGA